GAUGUCAGACCGACCGAAAAAGAUGGCGAUGCAACGUACACAAAACCAGCGCGUCGACAGCACGGUAUCCCGGGCGGUGUAGCAUCUCUUUUCCAGCCGUCGCUUCACUCGUGACAAUUAUAUGACAUAGAUAAUUAGUUAACUAAAACAAUGUCCGGCAUCACGAUAUCGGCCAUACGACCGCGGACCAGCAUCCUCGACAAGUCGCUGAGCAAGGGUAAGGGAGAGGUUAGCCUCAGCUGUUUCGCCCUUCUCUUCUCCGAGCUGGUGCAGUACUGUCAAAACAGAGUCUACACAGUGCCCGAGCUCCAGAACAAGCUGGCGGAGAUCGGAGCCGAGGUUGGGCACAGGAUCACGGAUCUGCUGGUGAUGAGGGAGAAGGGCGGCAAACGGGAGAUAAAACUGCUGAACGUCCUGCUGUUCGUCAAGAGCACCGUGUGGAAGUCGCUGUUCGGCCGGGAGGCCGACAAGCUCGAGCACGCCAACGAUGACGAGCGUACUUACUACAUCAUCGAGAAGGAGUCACUGGUGAACAAGUUCGUGUCGGUGCCCAAGGACAAAGGCAGCCUCAACUGUGCGUCCUUCGUCGCGGGCAUCGUCGAGGCGAUACUCUGCGACUGCGGCUUCCCUGCAAAGGUGACGGCACACUGGCACAAGGGCACCACGUACAUGGUGAAAUUCGACGACGCUGUCGUCGCGCGGGACAAGCAGCUGGAGGAUCGGUAAUGAGAAGCGAACUCUGGAAAAA